CAUGAAUGGUAGAUUCAGAUACCGUGGCCUGGUUCCAAAGGUCAAAAUGGCGACGAUAUGGUCACGAAGUUUUGCUUCCACUUUAACUUCCCCUAAAAACCAAGUUUGUAGCAUUUUACUUCGGUUCGGAACUGGAAAAUGUAUGGCAAAGAGAAGGUCUAUAUCAAACCUCGCCAAGCUCCCCGAGACACACGAAAUGUUGCGUCAAACAUGCAGAGAUUUCGCGGACAAAGAGCUUGCUCCUAUUGCUGCAAGUCUCGAUAAAGAGCAUAAGUUUCCUUUGGAACAGGUAGCGUCACUGAAUGUGUUCUGUUUCAAGUUUAUCCUUGGGUUGAAUAUUGUUUUCCUGUUCUUUUUUUUGAAUACGGUAUUGACUGAUCAUGAGUUUAAAACAAAAGAAAAACAAUAUUUGAACCAACGAUAAAAUCAACGUCAUAAAUAUUUGUCAUCAUUGUUUUUGUUGCCUUUGUCAUGAUUUUUGCUAGUGAUAAAUAACUAUAGGAUGUUUUAACUCCCCCGGCCCAUCCCCCUUUAAUUUUUAAACAACUUUCUUCCCCAGACCCUACACAAAGUCAAGGUUUAAGGAGAACUUUUCUAGGACUUUUGAAGUACAUUGUGUGGUUUCAAAAAUUAUCCAUAGCUCCACCACAGAAGGGAUUUUUCCUUAGACCCCCCACCUCUCUGGAAAUUCCUGUCAAGCUUCAUACAUUUACUUAUAUUUUUGGUUCUGUGAGAACCCCCCACCCCCCAGGAACUUCCAAUCCUUUCUGUCGGGGGGAGUAUGGAUAUUUUCUGGAACUACACAUUUAUAGGUAGUUCUUUUUAGAGAAUUUUGGAUUUGAGGAAUUCUCUGCCUUUGUAUUGGCGGUUCCUUCGAUAUUGUUCUAUUCAACCAGUUGUAAUCAUUUUUGUUUUGUAAAAUACUACUAAGUAGUGCAGUGGAGCAGACACCUGUAUAUAUUGGACAGUUUUGUUGGUCCCGAUGAAAGGCUGAUAUAUUUUCUCUCACAUUUACCUGUGUAAUAGUGACAGAGGUCAAUAGGGACGACAGACACUUUUCUGUGUCCUGAGUCACAAACUCUCAUAUAUCACAAGCAGUAGAAAGGAUGUGGAUCUGCAUGUGUGGUUACAGGCAGUUCAGGGAGGAAUGUUAAAAAAAAGAUAAUUCACUAAGUAGUAUAUCAGAGAUAAUUGGAGCUUUAUUUCAGGCAACCCUUUAAUUGUUGAUUUAAAAAAGGUACCUGUAACAGCAAUGUAUCAUUUCUUAGCAAAAUUUAAAACAUUAAACUCAUCACAAAGAGAUGAGCUUGGGAACUGGUGCCUUUAAGGUUAGCUGCAGGGAGAUAUUGCUGGCAACCCUGGAAUGUAGGAACCACCCAAAUGUGUGUCCACUAACUAGCACCAUCGCACUAAAAUAAUUCUGUGGAAAAAACUUACCUAAAAGGAAACAUACCCUGACAACCAGACACAACAGUGGGAGAGAGGAGAGGGUGCAAGAAUCUGCAAUGAUUAGCAAGCGAUAGCUGUUCUUUUAAUCCACAAAGAUCAGCUGAUAACACUGUACAUGUAAAGCAAUGAACCUUGAAGCCCUGCACAACCCCCGGAGGCCACCCCACAGGUCACAUACUGCCAAUGGGGAAGACUGCUGGCUGUAUAAGCUCAAGUUUAAUUUUGCCCAAUUGAUAUUAAGCCACAUAAAAAUGAGUCGCCUAUAGCUCAUUGGUUAGAUCGUCCUACUGGUAUCUGGAAGGUCAUGGGUUCAAUUCCUGCUGGGAACUUGGAUUAUUUGAAUCCCAAGCAUUUCUUUGUUGUACCUAAUAUUUAAAAAAUACAUUAUUAAUGAAACUGAAAUAUCCAUCAACAGGUGAAAAAGUUGGGAGAACUUGGCCUCUUGUCAAUGGAGGUGCCUGAGUCAUUAGGAGGAUCAGGUUUAGAUUACCUGGCAUAUGCCAUAGCAACAGAAGAAAUUAGCAGAGGCUGUGCAUCAACUGGAUGCAUUAUGAGUGUUAAUAAUGUAAGUUGAUUGACCUAAACAUUUGUUUCUUGAUCUGUAUUGUAUUUCUGUGAUGAUGAUUCCAAGCAUAAAGUGGUUGAACUUAAAAAUAAAUUGUAAAGAUUUGCAUAAAUGUGAUCUGUAUUUCUUUGUUGAUGACUCCAGGCAUGUAGUGGUUGAAUUUAAACUUGUAAAUGAAAAUCAUGUAUUUCUGUACACCAGCAGUAAUAAUAAAAUUAUAUCAUUGAUUUUUUGCAGUCUCUUUACCUUGGUCCAUUGCUGAAAUAUGGAACAGAUGAACAGAAAAAGAAAUGGAUAACUCCUUUCUGUUCUGGCGAGCGUCUUGGCUGCUUUGCUCUCAGUGAACCAGGUUAGACAUUUCAAAAUGUAAAUAGGUGUAUGAACAGCUCCUCACAAAAAAGUCCUCGUCAAAAAGAAAGUGAGUGGGCCAAGGGGUAUUUUUGCAUAGAGCUCUGCUAUUAUAUAGCUGCAGAUUUUUACCCAACAGAGCACACUUUUAUUGGUGAUUUUGAGGUCAUGUGACAUCCAAAAUAAAAGUGUGUCGUGAUAAAAGUCUCUGAAUGGGCAAGAUGGCAAGAUCUAUUAUGUCAGAGGAUAUCAAUGCGUUCUUCCCCUUGCUGAGAUUUGCUUCGUAAAUUGGAACAUAUAUAAUUUUUGUUACAAAAGGUUUUUUUAGUGAGCUAUGUAUCACUUUGUGACUGGUCCCGCAGCAAACUAGGUAAAUUUGCUUCCUUUCAGAUCCUACAGUUUUCUUCUACUCUAUCUUGGGAAAAAAAGAGUUCAGAUUCGAAACUGGUCAAACCCUGGGAAUUUGUCAAAGUAUCUCCAGGAUUGAGGGUCCAAAUGUUUUUAGGGGGUCUAAAAUUUCAACAGACCUUGAGGACUCAGAUAUAUUCUUGGAAUUUUGGGGUGAAAAAACAAAAUGAAGAAUUGAACCUGGGGAUACGUUUGUUAGGGAAACAGGUGUUUUCUUUUUUUUAUUUGGUUGAGAUAGGAUAAUCCCCAGAAUUUAGUCAGAUGCCUGUUGAGGAAAAUACUUGAGUUUACCAACUGGAAUUCAAACUCAUUUUUUAACACCCUCCCCAUUGAUGUCCAUAGCUAAUUAACAGAAGAAACAAAACAGCACCCAAGCAAUGUGAAUUUUGAUGAAAAUGACCUAAUGUGUUAAAACUUUCAGAUAAUGGCAGUGAUGCUGGUGCAGCAAAGACCACUGCUAAAUUAGAAGGAGAUCACUGGGUGUUAAAUGGAACAAAGGCCUGGAUUACCAAUGGCUAUGAGGCAGAGGCAGCAGUGGUCUUUGCCACAACAGAUAAGUCAUUAAAACAUAAAGGAAUCAGUGCAUUUCUUGUUCCCAAGCCAACUGAAGGAUUGUCACUUGGAAAGAAAGAGGAUAAGCUUGGGAUAAGGGCAACUUCUACUUGCUACUUGAUUUUUGAAAAUUGCCGUGUUCCAAAGGAAAAUCUGCUUGGAGAGCCUGGUUUUGGUUUCAAGAUUGCAAUGGUAAUAACCAACUUUGUUCUUCUAUGUUUUCUGCAGAAAAAAGGAAAGAUUAGGCCUUUGCUUUUAUAGUUGUUAAAGAUUCAUUUUGUGUUUGUUUUUCAGGCCACACUUGAUGCAGGUCGUAUUGGUAUUGCUGCUCAAGCACUAGGAAUUGCUCAGGUAUUUUUUUUGUUUUACCUUACGUAUAGAUCAUUAAACUCUGAAAUGGCUUGCUUCCUCAGAGUGCUCGUGUACCAAAUGAUCCCGGAACAUUGAACACUCUUGAACACCACAAAACAUGUCAAAUAAAUACAGUCGAACCUUGAUUAUCCGAACUGGUUUCCCUGGUCCUUUUUUUUCAUGAAUAUUAACAAGAUGUGAUCUUAAAAAAUUGAAAUGAUUAAAAGUUUAUUAAUCCUUCCAAACCUGUGUUUAAAACACUGUUUUAAUCUGUUUCAAACGUGAACACUUGAAACAGUAACUUUUUUAUUUGUAAUUAAUUCACAAUUAAAUUCUGUUUUCUUUAUUCCCAAUGUUUACAUUAUUGUUUCAUUAAUAUUCAUAUUUUCCAUUAUCCGGACUUUACUGAAGUCCCAGCGAGUCCGGAUAAUUGAGGUUCCACCGUAAAUUAAAAAAUGAAACAGCAGAAAUAAUAAUAUUAAUAUUUUCAGGACAAGGGUUAGAGUUUCUGUUUACUUUUUUCAUUUUACCUGUUACCUGGUUUUCUAUGUUGUUCUUUUGGUGUUCUGGAUGAUAUAUUCCGGAUAGAAGCAACUGUGAUUUUCCCUCAACACCUGUGUCAGGACACAACUAAAAAAACCUACUUCAAAACGUGAGUAUCUGAUUAUCCCAGAGUCCAGGGAGAGGAUGAAUGGUCCCGAAUAAAGGUUUAAAUUUUUUUUAAAACCAAUCCUUAUGAUGUUUAUUUUAGGCAGCAUUAGAGUGUGCCAUUGACUAUGCACAGAAAAGGGUUGCCUUUAAUCAGCCAAUCUCACAGUUUCAAGGAAUUCAGGUAUGUCGUUUUUUGGAUAUUUAUGAAUAGAAUGUGCCAUUGGUUCCCAAGAGUAGUUGGAAGUUUUGUGUGAAACUCUGGCUGUACUCCCUAAACCAGAAAGAAAGUCAAUAAUUUGUAAUAUUGAUAGUGUUUGUUGUAGCAGAAUAAUAAUGGUUGAUAUUGUCUCAUUACAAACAGAUGAAAUUAGCUGAUAUGGAAGUGAGGUUACAAAGUGCCAGGCUAUUGAAUUGGAAGGCAGCAAUGCUUAAAGAUGCAGGCGAAAAUUUUACAAAGGUGUGUUGGUAUUCAAAGUUAAAAGUGUCCAGUUAAGUUUUUACAAAAAAGUGUGACCAUAGGUGUGUCUUUUUUCCCCUUUCUUGUAGGAGGCGGCCAUGGCUAAGCUAGCAGCAUCUGAGGCUGCCACCUACAUUUCACAUCAGGUACAUCUAUUUUUAUAAUAUCAUUGACUCUGGUGGUAAAAGGGUUUACAUCUCACUCUGCCAGGUUGCACAGGCUGUCCACUUAAACUAACAGGACCACCAAUUAAGUGGCCCAUAUAAAGCCCUUUCUGAGCUUUGAGAGUGUAGCCUUUCUAAAAGUGUACUGUUUUUUGAUGGUCUUUAGUGCAUUCAAGUCCUUGGAGGUAUGGGUUUUGUGACAGAUAUGCCAGCAGAACGAUACUACAGAGACGCACGGAUCACAGAAAUUUAUGAAGGAACAAGUGAAGUACAAAGAAUAGUGAUAGCUGGAAAACUUUUGAAAGAAUAUGAUCAAUGA